GUUGUCCAAGAUGGAGGGCGCCCUUUCGGCGCCGCUGCCCGUCCGGCUGUUGCUGUUUGUGGCGCUGCCAGCCGCGGGGUGGCUGACCACCAACGCGCCCAGGCCUCUGUCCACAGUCCCGCAGGUAGGGCCGGGCGGGCGCAGCAGGCCGCUCCUCUGCCGGGACCUCCGGGAGGCCGGUCGCGGUGACGCUGACCUCUCCCGCAGGUGGACAGCCGGGGGUGCGGGACUGGACAGGGUCUGGCGGCCCGCUGAGAAGGGAGGGCGCUUUCCCGGAUGCCGGGCAGUGUGGGUCCCCCCGCUCCCCGAAGGGGAACGCAAGGAAGGCGCGCAGGCGUCCUUGAAUGCGUGUCAAGACUGCGCCUACCGAACUUGAGGAUGGCAUCAGAAUUAAUGUAACUACCCAGAAAGACAAUGGGGAAGUAUCUAAAGAGCAGGUUGUUCUUAACAUAACCUAUGAGAGUGGACAGGUGUAUGUGAAUGACUUACCUGUAAAUAGUGGUGUAACCCGAAUAAGCUGUCAGACUUCGAUAGUGAAGAGUGAAAAUCUGGAAAAUUUGGAGGAGAAAGAAUAUUUUGGAAUAGUCACUGUAAGGAUCUUACUUCGUGAGAGGCCUGUGACAUAUAGUACCAGUUCACAGCUAAUUGUCAUUCAGGAGGAGGUUGUGGAGCUCGAUGGAAGACAAGCUCAACAAAAGAAUGUUACUGAAAUCAACAUUUUAGUUAAGAACCAGAGAGUACUCAGACGUUCAAACUUUUUCCUUCCUUUGGAAGAAAGCAUGCUUUAUUCUAUUUCCCAAGACAGUGACAUUUUAUUCACGCCUCCCGAUUUUUCCAAAAAAGUAGGAACUGUUGGCUCACUGCAGACCACCAGCCACUACCUCGUGGGGGACUUGGGAACCACGGUGGAUGGAAAUGCUUUACCUGGCAAGUUGCCUGAGACGCCUCUCAGAGCAGAGCCGCCAUCUUCAUACAAGGUAAUGUGCCAGUGGAUGGAGAAGCUCAGGAAGGCACUCUGUGGGUUCUGGAGCGGCGUGUUCCCAGUGUUGUUCAUGUUUCUGAACGUCAUGGUGGUUGGAGUUCUGGGAGCAGCAGGAGUCAUUGCGCUGUUAAAGUUGCUUUUCCCUGUGCGUGAGAACAAAGGAAUUCUUCAGGUGGAUAAAAUGAAUGGGAUCUCUGUGGUACCUAUCAUCUUAUACCCAGACGGCUCUGAGAAAACAGCAGAAAAACUUACAGAUAAAACGGAUAUUUAAAACCCCAUCUCCAAUCAUGGACUCUACUGUCUAUCAUCCCCAGACUCGCCAUUUGAAUACCAUUUUAUUUAAAUUAUUAAUCAAUUUAUUCAUAAAAAUUGCCAAAUUCCCAAGACCUUUACAGGUGGCCUUUCUAGUGCCCGGCUACAGCUCACCUCAUCAAGCACGGGCUGGCUGUUCUGAAGAAGAAUUACUAAGGAAAGUUUAAGUGGAAAGAAGAUAACUGAGAAAUACCAAGCUGAAAGGAGACGUAAGACAAAGCGACUGCCAAGAACUCCCAGGUGCCUUUGCUGCAGAAAUUGUAACUGAUUACUAUUGUAAGAUUUUAUAAGAAGCACUUUAUGAAAUUCUAAUUUAAAAGCUGGAGAAUUUAACAGCUAUUUUGUUUACUCAGUACAAUGUGCCUUUAUAUCACAUACAUGACUCAGUAUAAAAUCACUGAAGUGUGUCAUGAUUUGUGUCUGUACCAGAACUCUUUACCUUGAAUGCACCAGGAUUUAUAAUAGUGACAUGGUCUCACUCUAAAAUAAACUUUUUUUUUUUUUAAA